AUGAUAUCUAGUGUUGAAAAAAAAAAGGGAUCUGCUUUAUUAAGUUUAAUUGAUUCAAAUUAUUUAGAUAAUAUAAAUAAUGAUUAUUUAAAUAAAGAUGAAUUUGAAAAUAAAAUUAUUAAAAAUUUACCAAAAUUAUUUAAUAAUCAGGGGAAAGAAUUAAAUUUAUUCAAAAUUUCAACAUUAAAAUUAAAUUGUAAAGAUUUUAAUUAUCUUUCAUUUGAUUUUGAAAAUGAAUUAAAUUGUAUUGAUGUUUUUGAAUCCAUAAUAAAAUUAACUUGUCUUUCUGAUAUAAAUCAAUUAUAUGCAUUCAUUUAUCAACCAAAUUUAAUAGAAUCAAAAUUUAAUUCAUGGAAUUUAUAUGAUCCAAUAAAAGAAUUCAAAAGACAAGGUUUAAAAUUUGAUCAUAAUAAUAAUCAUGAUGAAGAAUCAUUUACAAAUUGGAGAAUAUCUCAAAUAAAUUCAAAUUAUUCAUUUAGUCCAACUUAUCCAAAUACUAUUAUAAUACCUAAAACUAUAUCAGAUAGUGUAUUGAUUCAUGCAUCAAAAUAUAGAUCAAAACAAAGAAUCCCUGCAUUAACUUAUUAUUAUAAAAAAAAUGGUUGUUCAAUAACAAGAUGUUCACAGCCUUUAUUAGGUUUAAAACAAACAAGAUCAAUUCAAGAUGAAAAAUUAAUUGAUGAAAUUUUCAAAGCUUCACUAUCCCAGGAUUCUUCUUCCAAAAUGAGGAAAAAUUUGAUUAUUGAUGCAAGACCAACAACAAAUGCAAUGGCUCAAACUGCAUUAGGUGCCGGAUCAGAAAAUAUGGAUAAUUAUCCAAAUUGUGAAAAAUUAUAUUUAGGAAUUGAUAAUAUUCAUGUUAUGAGAGAUUCAUUAAAUAAAUUAAUUGAAAUUUUAAAAAAUGGUGAUUUAAAUAAACCAUCACCAAAACCAACCCAUAAGAUUAAUAAAUUAAUUUUACAAAAAACUCAAUGGUUAAAAUAUAUUUCAAUUUUAUUAUCAUCAACUGAAAAAUUAGUUAAAUCUAUUGUCUUGAAUGAUUCAAAUAUCUUGAUACAUUGUUCUGAUGGUUGGGAUCGUACUUCACAAAUCUCAUCAUUAAUUCAAAUAUGUAUAGAUCCUUAUUAUAGAACUUUACAAGGGUUUAUAACAUUAGUGGAAAAAGAUUGGAUAUCAUUUGGUCAUAGAUUUAAUGAAAGAUCAGGUCAUUUAAGUUCAGAAUCUAUAUUCCAUGAUGAUUCACCAAAUUCAAUGAAUAAUCAAGCUUCAAUUGCAUUUAAAUCAGUUUCAAAUCAUUUUAAAAAAAGAAAACAUUUAAAAUUAACAUCACCUAUUUUUCAUCAAUUUUUAGAUUCAAUUUAUCAAAUCCUUGUUCAAUUUCCUGAAAAAUUUGAAUUUAAUGAAAGAUUUUUAAGAAGAUUAAUUUAUCAUUUAUAUUCAUGUCAAUAUGGGAAUUUUUUAUUUGAUAAUGAAAUGGAACGAGUUCAAUUUCAAUUAGAUUCCAAAACAAGAUCAGUUUGGGAUUAUUUCCUUUCAAGAAAACGAGAAUUCUUGAAUCCAAAUUAUAUUAAACCAACAGAUGAAUAUGAUUGGAUAAGUCCAAAUUAUAAAAAUUUGAUUUGGUGGUGGCAAUUAUAUGGUAAAAGUGAUGAAGAAAUGAAUGGUGAUAUAAUUGAAAAAGAUGAAGAUAAUGGUGUUGAAUUAAAAGAUGGUUUAACGAAUUCAAUAAUACCUUUGAAGGAAGAUAAUAAUAAAGAUUCAACUGAAAAAACAAAAGAUGAAGAAGGAAAUUCAAAAAUAUUUGCAUUAACAUCACCUCCACCUUCAAUUUAUCAAAUGAAUACAAACUAUAAUGAUAAUGAACAUAAUGAUAAAGAUAUUGAUAGAUCUAUAAAAACUAUAGAAGAAAUGAGUAUUACUUAG